AUGAAACAAAUAAGCUGUUAUUGUACACCAGAUCAAGUCGACUGUAAUUUAACUACAGGGAAGAUUUUGUGCGAACCUGGCCAACAAUAUUGUCUCUUAACCAUUAAACAACUUGAUGACCAUUCUAACCGGACACAGAUACAGGGUUGCUGGUCCUGGCCUCGCGAAAAUGAUUUCGUUUCUGAAUCAAACAUCUGCUACAUUGCCUCGAAGAGGGAUGGGUACAUUACCUGUUUUUGCAAGGGUGAUUCAUGUAAUGUGCCUAACAUUCCGAUGAAGCAAGGUCACGGCCACCGUAUACGAUAUUUUAAUCCGUGGUUUGGUUGGUACUUUUCACUUGUGCGGCUGUGUUUUUGGCGCUUGGCAUCGGUGGUCGUUGUUUUGUUAAAUCUGAUUUCCCUUUCAGGUGAUCCUGUCCACUCCGAUUCAGGCAACCGUUCUGUCGGAAAUCACAGUUCUACCAGUAAGAUAGGUGUUCGGGCAUCGUUCUCCAAUAACCCAACAUUCUUCUAUGCGAUCGCGUUGCCUCUUCUUCUUUUGGUUCUUUUGAUUUUCAUCUUCAUUUUCCUUUUGUGCCGCCGAUUUAAGACUUCGGCUCAUCCACUUGGAGGUCCCGCCGUUGGAGGCAGCUCUAAGUUUAGUACCGACAAACACAAAUCCUUUCUUUGUCUAAAGUCCUUUCCCUCGUCCUUGAGGUUCUGUUUUUCGGCGAGCAGGUCGAAAGAUGGGGAGCACCAGUUUUGUGUUUCUGGAAACAUUGGGUGUCGUUCUUGUCCGUUGAAUGGAACUCCCUGUGUUUAUUGCGGCAACGGAUUUCUAACCCACAUAGAUGGCUCCCCACCCAUGCCACAGUUGGUUCGUCCUGUUCUUGGGGGUGGCUGGCUUGCUGAGGAUGAAAUCGAAGAGCUUUCGAGGAUAUGUACCAAGGUGAAACGAUGCUCUCGCGGUCGCUUUGGCGAGGUAUGGUUGGGUCGAAUGACUGAAGUUUCAUCUGGUCGGCCUACCUCUCGCGAAGUAGCAAUCAAAGUGUUUCCUGAGGCAGAAAGGAGGAGCUGGGAAACUGAAUUGGAACUAUAUCGGCUUCCACUUUUGAAACAUCCAAAUAUCCUACAUUACAUUGGUAUUGAUAAGGUACGUGGCCCUGUGCUAACCUUUCACAUUGAUUCUUGCCUCCAUUAUUUGCUUGUAUUCUAG